CCGAACUACUCGGCAAAAAGCAAUUAUUUCGGAAGAACGCAGACUAUCUUUUUGGCGUGUUUCUGAUAUAUGUUCUCACAUUGUCAAUCUUUCCUGGCUUCUUGUAUGAAAAUACUGGAGAACACCAAUUGGGUUCAUGGAUCCACUUGUUUUAAUAGCAAUGUACAAUGUCGGGGAUCUGGUAGGCAGAUAUGUACCUCUCAUCAACUGCCUCAAGUUGGAGUCUAGGAAGGGUCUGUUGAUUGCGAUUCUAAGACGUUUCCUACUAAUCCCCGCAUUUUACUUCACAGCAAAGUACGGAGAUCAAGGGUGGAUGAUCUUGCUCACUUCAUUCUUGGGAUUGAGCAAUGGCCACCUUGCAAUCUGUGUCUUUAGCGCAGCACCUAAAGGCUACAAGGCACCUGAGCAGAAUGCAUUGGGGAAUUUGCUUGUAAUUUUCCUUGUAGGAGGCAUUUUUACUGGAGUUUCUCUUGAUUGGCUGUGGAUCAUAGGAAAUGGAAGCUUUUGAAGCAUAAGUGAAAAAUCGGGGUGGAGAUAUG